GUACAACAAAAGUAAACUUCCUGUGUCAAUCCGCGAAUCCUGGGUGUCAUCUGUGAAAACACAUCUGUCUCCAGCCCAGAGCUGGUCACAGGUAGACGACAUCUUUGGUAUUCGUACGAUGGGGAUGGAAAAUCGACAUGGCGAGUUUAUAAAGAUAAUCUCGACAGGGUAUUUUAGAUGAGGAAGACAAGCUACUUCAGUGUGCCGUCAGUCAUACCAUGCUUGAUGCGUCGAAAGAUGAUUUUCAAGUUGGGAGUAACGGUUGUGAUAGCUGUAGCUGUCAUUAUCGUCUAUAUACAGCACACCGACCCUGACCUUCAUAUUCAAGGUCAAGAUGAGGUCAAAGACAACCUGGUACAGGAAAUGAAACGAGAUGAUGCUAGGAUGAAGAAAGAGUCUGUAAAGGAAGUGGAACAGGAACAAGUGACUUCAAAUAAAAGGCCCAAAUCUUUGAAAAGGCCAGAAAACAUUCCUGAGUCAGACAAACAUCAUCAUGCUGAGAAGUCCAUUGGAGACCAGGGCCAUUCCAAUGACAAUGUCUUGAAUGAAAAAACAAAUGGCAAUACCAAAGGUUUAAAACCAGUUUAUUCAAGCAUACAAACUGCCCCAAAGGAUUCUAUCCACCUGGCAGUUGUUGCCUGUGGUGAUCGAACACCUGAAACUCUCAUCCUCUUAAAAUCAGCUGUGUUAUUCACAAGCAAGCACCUGGUGUUCCACAUAUUUGCUGAAACAGAGCUUCAGAAAGGCUUCAGAGAUCAGCUGGACUUUUGGCCAGCUGAAUUCCUGACCAAGGUGGACUACUUCAUCUAUGACAUCAGCUUCCCAUCUGGAGGCAAGUCUGAUGACUGGAAGCAGCUCUUCAAGCCCUGUGCCUCACAGAGACUCUUCCUGCCAACGCUGCUGACCGAUGUGGAUGCCUUGAUCUAUGUAGACACAGACAUCUUGUUCCUCAGCCCACUGGAGGGUAUCUGGAGCUUCUUCAAGCUGUUCAACUCCACCCAGCUGGUAGCCCUAGCCCCAGAACAUGAGGAUGCAGCAGCAGGGUGGUACAACCGUUUUGCCAGGCACCCUUACUAUGGGAAACUAGGAGUUAAUUCUGGUGUGAUGUUGAUGAACCUGACUCGUCUCCGAGAAUCAAUGUGGCUGCCGUCCAUGAUAGAGUAUUACAAAGAAUAUAAACUAAAAAUAACUUUUGGUGAUCAGGACCUCAUCAACAUCUACUUUCAUUACUUCCCCGAGCAGCUGUAUGUGUUCGGGUGUGACUGGAACUAUCGGGCAGACCACUGCAUGUAUAUGAGUGUCUGCCAAGCUGCCCAAACCAAUGGUGCCUACAUCUUGCAUGGCAGUCGGAGGGUUUUUUAUAAUGAGAAACAGCCAGCCUUCAAGGCAACAUAUGAUGCCUUCAAAGAGCACCGUCUUGGAGACGACAUCCAGUACAAGUUGUUGGUGCAGAUCGAGAGGAACCUGGGGGCUGCCACCAAGAGCAACUGUGGCCAGCUUGGAGAGAUCUUCACUAAACAGAUCCAGAUAUACAGUAAUAACAUGAGAGAAGCAGAAAAAAAGGCUAGAGAAAAAAUGAAAGAUAUAAAGCCACCUCAUCCUCCAAGAUAACAGAAAAUAUUCGUAGUGUAUUUAUUUUCAUAUCCAUGCAACUCAUUGUGUAAUCACUACUUAAUUUCAAACAUAAAAUUCAUAAAAACAUUAUUUUGGGGAGCAUACAAUAGUAACUUGACCACAACAAACUGCAGCAUUGUGUUGGAUUGGGGAUUUUGGUUUUCAGUGUCACCUAUUCUUUUUUAACAUUUUGGAUAGACCAAUGUUGUCUCGUUGCCUACGUGCUAAAUGAAAACGUAAUUAUGAAAUGUAUAUUUGUUUCAUUUUUCGAGUGGUCUUAAGCAACCCACGCUUAUUGCAUGAAAUGUUUGACAGAAUUUGUGGGGUCAGGCUUGCUGACUUGCUUGAUGAAUGUCAUCUUGCACUUGUUGUCUAGACCGAUUACUUGAUUGUGUGAUAUAGACUUGAGUAUUUAUGACUGUUGUCGUUUAGCUGGAAUAUAUCUCAGUGCAACAUUUAGCAACAACGAAACAUUUCCAUAAAGGUGAGGUGAGGUGAAAUUGGGUUUUACGUCGUGCUGGAGAAUAUUUCGCUCAUAUGACGACGUGCAUGCGUGUGUAUGUGUAUGUGCAGCUGCUUG